AUGUCUGAUCAUCCAACCGCAAUUCCCAAAGGCUCCUGGGUUCUUGUGACAGCCGCAAACGGUCACACUGGGAGUCAUAUUGUCUUCGAGCUAUUGAAGAGAGACUUCAAGGUCCGCGGCACGGUUCGAGACUUGAAAUCCAGCCAGUGGUUACUUGAGGAUGACUUUGUUUCCAAGUACGCAGAACGCGGUCAUGUCGAGCUUGUAGUUGCUGAUACGACUAAACCGCAUGACUUCGACAGAGCCGUACAGGGUGUCGCGGCUGUCAUACAUGUUGCAGUCAUUGGGGACUUGGUUCCUGAUCCCAAUGUUGCUAUUCCAGCUACUAUAGAGUCAGCCUUGUCUGUUUGUCGAUCAGCAGCAAAGGAACCAUCCUUGAAGCGAUUUGUCUUUACUUCAACCUUCUGGGCUGCUACCUUUCCAGUUCCUGGUGUCAGCAGUGCCAUUACAAACCUUGACACUUGGAACGAUGAUGCGAUUCAAGCUGCUUGGGCCCCUCCUCCCUAUGAAUCGGAUCGAAUUCUGUCGGUGUAUUUCGCAGCCAAAGUUGAGGCAGAAAAGGCUAUUUGGAAGUUUGUUAAGGAUGAGAAACUCCCCUGGGUAGUCAACUCAGUCAGCCCUUGUGUUAUCCUGGGAGACCUCCGAGAUGAUAAGCAUCUACGGUCCGUACCGCCCCAGCUCAUUGAACAGCUGUAUUUGGGCAAUACUGAAAAGCUGCAAACCCCCGCUAGUAACCACGUCGCUGACGUCGCAAUUAUUCAUGUCGCCGCAGCAAUCGACCCCGACGUACAAGGCCAACGCAUUCAAGUUCUCGCAUCAUCUUUUACAUGGAAUGACUGUCUAGAUAUCCUACGAAGCGCUUAUCCGAACCGCAGCUUCGUUGAUAACUUUAUUUCUGGCGACCCGAAAUUGAUAUACAACAUUGAGAACGACAUUGCUCUUGAACUCUUGCAGAAAUGGGCCGGGCGUGGUUGGAUCAGUUUGGAGGCCAGUGUUACAGAAGUAUUUCAACCUGGAACACUGCAAUUCAUCAACUCUGCUCAUCCAGAUGAGAUCACCAAUGCAAAGAGCAUCAGAUUGAUAAGAUCCCACGCAGCAAAACUCUCCCGUGCUCUGCAGAAGGACAAAAAGCAACACGAAGCUCUUGAGGAAUAUGACCCUGAAAGCUUUCCAGCUGAGGCAGAGUUGAGAACGCUGGUUCAUCCAGAAAGCGAUACACGAUACCGGAAGAUUAUGCCUAAAUCAAAAGUACAUGAACUGACUGGAAAUCGACCACCAAGUCCACUCCAGUUGAUCGGCGGUGCUCGCAGUGUCGCAUACACCGGAUUUGCAAGACCACUUUCAGAUGAUGAGCACUACCUCUUUGAUUUCUAUCUGAACUACGUUAUUUCUUACGGAUAUACAGCAUGCUAUGCCCCAGGCGAUGAGCGGAAUUUUAGUUACCUCAUGAGGCAUAUAUGGGUGCCCAAUGCAAUGUCUAAACUCAGUCUUAUGGCUGCUGUCUUUCACGUGGCGUGUCGGAACUAUGUCGCCGCCACAAAUAACGACCUAUCGAGUAAAUUUGCGGUCAAAAAGCUUCAAUAUCGACUAAUGUGCAUCCAAAUGGCUAAAGACGCCAUCGAGUCGGAGGCUGUCGCCACAGAUACAACUAUCGCAUUGGCAAUGUUGAUGGCCUCUGAAGCAUUCCUUGAAGGAGACAUGUGUGCGUAUUGGAGCCACGGUGCUGGCGUUAUGAAAAUGAAUCUAUCUACCUAA